AUGUUUUUUCUUUUGGAUUCUGUUACUACAAUGCCCACCAUAUUUGAAGAUAUGUAUAACGAUUUGUUUUAUCAAUUAUUUGAUUAUUUGGAUGCUUAUGAUAUUUAUUAUUCUUUUUUUGGUUUAAAUAAGCGAUUUAAUGAUCUAGCUGAACAUAAACCUACCCUUCAUGCAAACAUAACAUCUAAAAAAUUUAGAGAUUAUUAUCAAAUUUUGCUACCAUUAAUUCAUCUUCGUCUUGUAGCAUUAAAAUUUGAUGAAUUACAACUAUUUAUAAAAAUAUAUUAUUCAUUUUCAAAACAAUUUUCUCGUAUUCGUUCGUUAACAUUAUCUAAUGUAAUAGUUGAUCGUUUACCGUUAUUAAAAUGUAUCUUGUCAUUAACACUUGAAUUAAAAUCGUCUUCUGUUCAUAGUACAUCGUAUUUAUUUCAAAUUCUCCAUUCUAAAUUACCAUUAUUAAAAUAUCUAGUAAUAACAAACAACCCAAUUGUAUAUAAAAUUUAUAAACCGACACUUUAUCUACAUCAGUAUUUAGAAACACUUGCAAUCGAUGUUGGAUUUUGUUCAGAUUUAUUUAAACUUUUUAGUUGUUUACCAAAUAUUAGAUGUUUAACGUUGAAUGUAAAAUCAACACUUAUUUCAGCUGAUUUUCAAAUAGAAAAUCCAUCAAUUAUCAUACCAACAGUGAAAAUAUUAAUUGUUAAUGAUCAACCGCCCGGUUUAAUAAAAGUUGAACACAUUAAGUAUGUAUUAAAAUAUUUUCCUGAUUUAAAAGCAUUCGCGUUCAUAUCAUAUUCUAUCGAAUCAAUAAAUGGAACAAAAUGGGAACAAAUUUUAUCGACAAUAUCCACAUUGACAAAAUUUCAGCUUCAAGUUAAUGUUCAACAAUUAAAAGUAGAACCGAAUAUUAUUGAAAUUCAGUCAAAAUUUCAAACAAAUUACUGGCACGAUAAAAAAUGGACGAAUGUCAAAGGAGAUUGGUAUCAACAGCAAAAUUGUUUUACGCUGCGUGUUUAUUAA